AUGAAGUGGCCCGACGAUAUCCCAGCCAAGCUUGGCCAAGUAGCCCAAGUGAUGGGUGUCAUUAACGAUGCGUCGGGUCGCUCGAGUCACCUGGUGCAUGCCUGGUUUCUGCAAACGCAGGCAUUAGCUCGAUUCAAGGCAGGUCUCUGGACUUGGCCUGGAAGUUCAGCAAACCCACGGUUUGCCCCUGGUGGAUGCGCACCCCGAACGCCAUCAGAUGAUGAAACGGGUCUUGUGCUCUCGAUUGGCGACUAUGGUUCCCAGCAACUAGCUUGUCCUCACCCACCCACCGCAAAUUUGUCCCACUGGCCUCACCGUGAUGAUUGGGUCGUAGGGGGCUCACUGUGCUCAACCUUUAAAUUCUCCAGGGUUUCGAAGGUUAUGUCAGUUAACGGUGGCUUACUCGCUGCCUUUUUCACUCUACACGGUGUUGCUGCCUGGGGCGGCUUGAUACUCCUUGUGACUGCGGUCGUCGCGAGGUCGGCGGUGCGCCGCCAAAAUGCCUGGUACAACUUUAUCUUCUCCUGGGUCUUCCUGUCGACAUCUUUCUCGCUGCUCCUCUUUGGACAUAAGCGCGAUCCCGAACCGCCAUUCUCCUUGUGUCUGGCCCAGGCGGUCAUGAGAUACGGGGCUCUUCCGCUGGUUUCGGGAACGACAGUAGCUCUUGUCACUCAGGUUUAUUUCAACAUCAGGAAUUGGGUCUCAAACUCCACGCCAGGAGAGGUUCAAAAGCAUGUUAUUUGGAUGCUCCUUCUUGCUCCAUGGAUCGUGGCUGUUGUGGUGUCCUCUGCUUGCGUUGCGGUUGGACUGUCCAAUCCAGACCGAGUCAGAAGGGAAGGUUUCUACUGCAUUAUCCAAGUAGGAGCUGUAUUUCGGGCUGUAAACAUUUUCGUCGCGGCGUUAAUGCUACCCACAGUUGUUCUCAACGCAACCACGCUGUACUAUCUCAGAGGCAAUUGGCACCUUUUGAGGGGGAGUGUCUUGCGCGUCCUUGUGUUCUCCAUUUCCAGCGUCGUUGCGAUGGUCAUGGGACUUAUAUUUGCCACGUCUUCGGGGAGCCCAUUGCGUGGUUUCGACGUCGUAACAGCUGGAGUCGCAGCAUCUGCUAUUCUGAUUUUCGCAACACAGGGGGUAUGUCGACUCCUACUUGCAGCAGGUGGAAACAUUAACAGGUUUCAUCGCGGUGUUACAGGAUCUCUGGGGCGUUUGGAUGUUUUGGAAACCGAAUAA